GUAGACUGACACUGACAGUUCGUCGUGUACUAUACAAAUGACAGGCAAUAUUCAAACGACGUGAAAGAAAACACAAAUCCGUCGAAAUGAUCGCGAAAACCGUUUCAAUUUGUUUAGCAAUAAAAUAUUUAUAAUCAACCUAGGCCGUCACAUUUCAGCGUAAUUCUUACACAAAAACUAAUUGUAGUAACGUUAAAAGACAUCGAGUACUUGUUUUUGUUGUAUUGAUUUUCGUGAAAAAUAUUUAGUGCACUCGAAACAACUGAAGAUACGUCAAGAUGUGGGAAGCAGGAUUCGGUACGGUGAUUCUGCCGACUGUUUCGACACUCGUUGUUUUUGUUAUUACGGUAAAUCUAGUGAAAUAUUUAAUGUGCGAUUCUCAUCUGCAAUUAAGAGACGUUUCUAAAGAGCACAACUGGACUACUAUAGCAGGCAACAAUAAGGCUCAUUACUGCAGUAUUUGCGAAGCCCUAAUUCUCAAUAUGGAUGGUGUAGUUUGCGAUUCAUGCGGCGUUUGCUCAGACCGAGGUUGUAUAAAAAUUGCAGACAAGAGCUUGAAAUGUAAAGCCAUAACUUUAUCACAUGACGAACCCAUGAAACAUCAUUGGGUGAAAGGUAAUCUCCCACCUCUGGCAAUGUGCGAAGUCUGCGAUGAUGAAUGUGACGCUGAAGUUGGACUAGUGAAUUAUAGUUGUUGCUGGUGUCAACGCUCUGUCCACGAAUCUUGUGUGUCACGAAUUUCUUCGGAAUGCGAUUUUGGGGAAUUCAAGUUGAUGAUAAUACCCCCGGGGAGUUUGGAAGUGGUGAACAAACGUAGCACGAUGAGACGAAGAUUGCGACUUCGAUCGAUCGUUCCCCCAGUUUGGCCCAAUUGGAAGCCACUCAUUAUCGUUGCGAAUCGGAAAUCUGGGAACAACGAUGGCGCUACAAUUUUGUCGAUGUUCCGACGUCUGGUGAAUCCGGCACAAGUGGUUGAUCUCUCGGAGCGCGAUCCGGUGGCCGCUCUCGAAUGGUGUCGUUUACUCGGCGAAAACCCUUGCAAAGUUCUCGUGGCUGGUGGCGACGGAACGGUCGCUUGGCUCCUCAACGCCAUUCACAAACUUCGUCUGAAGCCCGUGCCGUCGGUCGCGAUCUUGCCACUCGGAACCGGAAAUGAUCUCUCGCGCGUCCUUGGAUGGGGCAAAGGCUACUGCUCCGAUCUCGAAGCCACGGAAAUUUUGCAUCGGGUACAAACAGCCCAACCCGUCAAAUUGGACAGGUGGGCUGUGACGAUAAAACCUGACACAAGGAGCCUAGGCUUCAGGGGCUCCCAGCAACGCCUCUUUAUGUACAACUACAUGAGCGUCGGCGUUGACGCCCAGGUCACCUUGAAUUUUCAUCGUACCAGGGAAAGUCGUUUUUAUAUCUUCAGUCACAGAAUAUUCAACAAGCUGCUGUAUCUUGGCUUUGGUACUCAGCAAGUCGUCGAGCGAGAAUGCAAAGAUCUGGACAAGAGAAUUGAGGUUUACCUGGACGGCAAACAAAUUGAACUUCCCUCGAUAGAGAGCAUCGUUAUUUUGAACAUUCCAUAUUGGGGUGCCGGAGUGAAGCUCUGGGACAUGGGCCUCGAAGGAACGGAAGGUGUUGGCGUGCAAAGUAUCAGCGAUGGAAAAUUAGAAGUUGUGGCUAUUUAUUCGUCGUUUCACAUUGCCCAGUUGCAAGUAGGACUUUCACAACCACACCGACUCGGUCAAGCACACACAGUCAAGGUGAGGCUACUCGAUUCCUGCGCCGUCCAAAUUGACGGUGAGCCCUGGCACCAGAAUCCCUGCGAGUUCAUAAUCACGUACUGCAAUCAGGCUUCGAUGCUGAGGUGUUUCGAGUGAAGAAAUUGGUGCCAAAACAAUCUGCAACAAGAAUAAUCAUUAGUUCAGUUGACCUUAAUGAAACGAAGCAUUUUUCGCGCACUAAAAAUUAAUCCUUGAUUCACUCGUGCCAAGAAAAUUCCGCAAAGUCAAAUUUUCAAGUUUGUUUUUUCCACUAAAACAAUAUCACGUGGCGUACUCGAAAAUGGGUUCACGAAUAUCGCCGUACGUGUCGAAUACCAUUUCGUUAAAAAAUCAUUUGAAAAAACUUGCAAUUUUCAUCUCGAUGAGGAAUAAUUUGAAAAACUUCCAUAAAACAUUCCAAAACCAAACAUUUAUUGCAACUUUUACAAAUCAUUCCGACGUGUGAUCAUAAUUUAAAGCCAAAAAAAUGUACUUAAUUGAUGCUUCCGAGAUUUUACUCACCCUGAGCGACCUCAAAUGUGCCUGUGCUACAGAUAUCACUUGUCUAGUCAUUAAAACACAUUUCGAAAAAAUAGGGUGCUCAUAUAUUCAUCAAUUAAUCGUGUUUCGGUUUGCGCGUCGAAAUUAUCUACAUGUUAAGUAAAAAACUAAUUGAGAGGAAUUUAUUACACGAUUUUUUCCUCCUUUGUGUACAGAACAAGCGGGAAUAAUAACUCGUAACACACAUGA